AUGCAUCUUAUCGCAGCGACCCUUCUCUCUCUAGGCCUCGCCUCGGCAUACGACAUCCCAGACAACCUCAAGCAAAUCUACGAUAGCCACAAGUCUGGAAAAUGCAACAACAAGCUCGCGGGCGGCUUCAGUGACGGCAUCAACGGCGCCCACACCUUCGCUUACUGCGGAGACAUCUCCAACGCCAUCUACCUGCACAGCUCGGCCAAUGGCGGCCAAUACGACAACAUGGAUAUUGACUGUGACGGAUUAAAUGACAAGGGCGGUGACUGCGACGCCGACGAGACUGGACAGGGUGAGACUGCGUUCAAAGACCAGCUCAACCAGUAUGGGAUCGAAGACCUAGAUGCCAAUCUGCACCCUUAUGUCGUGUUUGGCAACACAGACUUCGACCCCCAGCAGUAUGGCAUGGAGCCAUUGAGUGUUAUGGCGGUUGUUUGUAACAACCAGUUGUAUGGAAUCUGGGGUGACACCAACGGGGAAGACUCAACUGGCGAGGCUUCCAUUUCGUUGGCGCAGAUGUGUUUCCCCGAUGAUGGGAUCAAUGGGAACAAUGGUCACGGCGAGGAGGAUGUUUUGUACAUUGGGUUCACUGGAAAGGGGACUACCCCUGGCAGUGACGCGGACUGGAAGGCUGGAGAUCGCAACGCUUUCGAGGAGAGCAUCAAGAAAUUGGGUGACAAGCUUGUUGCUAGUCUUUCCUAG